UUUUCAAAUAUUGAAUUGUCAAAGAAACCUCUCCUCAUACUUCUUAUGAUCUAUAAAAAAGAGCCAGAAAAAAACAACAUAUUUAAUCCCAUCUUCUCAUAUAAGUGGUUUUCGAAAAGAGUCAUCAUGAGAAACCACCAUUUUCUUAUUGUAUGUUUCCCCUCUCAAGGAUACAUAAACCCUUCCCUUCAACUCGCCAACAAACUCACAUCCCUAAACAUUGAAGUCACCUUCGCCACCACCGUCACCGCCAGUCGUCGUAUGAAAAUAACCCAACAAAUCUCUUCACCAUCUACCCUAUCUUUCGCCACCUUCUCCGACGGUUUUGACGACGAAAAUCACAAAACCUCCGACUUCAACCACUUCUUUUCCGAGCUCAAACGAUGCGGUUCUCAAUCGCUUACCGAUCUUAUCACUUCAUUCCGUGACCGCCAUCGUCGCCCCUUCACUUUUGUGAUCUACAGCCUCCUUCUAAAUUGGGCAGCUGAUGUCGCCACUUCUUUUAAUAUCCCUUCAGCUCUAUUCUCAGCUCAACCAGCCACAGUUUUGGCGUUGUAUUAUUAUUAUUUUCAUGGCUUUGAGGAUGAAAUUACCAACAAACUCCAAAAUGAUGGCCCUUCGUCUUUGUCCAUAGAAUUGCCAGGUUUGCCAUUAUUGUUUAAAAGUCAUGAAAUGCCUUCUUUUUUCUCUCCUUCUGGCCAACAUGCAUUCAUUAUUCCUUGGAUGAGAGAACAAAUGGAGUUUCUUGGUCAACAAAAACAACCAAUAAAAGUAUUAGUCAACACGUUUCAUGCUCUAGAAAAUGAAGCCUUGAGAGCCAUUCAUGAGUUGGAAAUGAUAGCGAUUGGACCUUUGAUUAGUCAAUUUCGUGGUGAUUUAUUUCAAGUAUCAAAUGAAGAUUAUUACAUGGAAUGGUUGAAUUCGAAGUCAAAUUGUUCGGUUGUUUAUUUAUCUUUUGGGUCAAUAUGUGUUUUGUCUAAAGAACAAGAAGAGGAGAUUUUGUAUGGUUUAUUCGAAAGUGGGUAUCCAUUUCUGUGGGUAAUGAGAUCAAAAAGCGAUGAAGAUGAAGAGAAAUGGAAGGAAUUAGUGGAAGGGAAAGGGAAAAUUGUGAGUUGGUGCAGACAAAUUGAAGUAUUGAAACAUCCUUCAUUGGGUUGCUUUAUGAGUCAUUGUGGUUGGAAUUCAACAUUAGAAAGCUUGAGUUUUGGGUUGCCAAUGGUGGCUUUUCCUCAACAAGUAGAUCAACCUACUAAUGCAAAGCUUGUUGAAGAUGUGUGGAAGAUGGGAGUGAGAGUGAAGGGUAAUUUAGAAGGAAUUGUGGAGAGGGAAGAAAUUAGGAGAUGUUUGGAUUUGGUAAUGAAUAGGAAAUAUAUCAAUGGAGAAAGAGAAGAGACUGAGAAGAAUGUUGAGAAGUGGAAAAAACUGGCUUGGGAGGCUAUGGAUGAAGGUGGAUCCUCAAUUUUGAAUCUUGCCAACUUUGUCGAUGAGAUUGACGUGGGUGAUGAGUUGGCAGAUUCUUGAUGAACUUUUAUUUUCUCUAAAUUUUCUUCGAUAAAGAAGUUUGAAUUAUGUA